UGACGUUUAAGAUCAACGCGUCCGCGCUGUACGCGUCUAUGGUUCUGCUCGCGUGGAAAGUCAACGAGAAAAAUUCGUGACGUGCUUAACCCACAUUUUUCUUAUAGUAUUUGUAAAAUGUCCGUUUUCCUAGAAUUUUUCCUUUUAUUCCUGUAAAAGCUCAAUUUACAACGAUAAAAAACGAUCGAAUCUUCCAAAGUGACGAUUCGAAUGUUCCGUGGAAGAAAAUAAUGCUUAUAUUCGCGUAUGGACACCAGUGCCAGAACGAUAGUUAGGUUUUACAAAAAUAAGAAGCAAGUGAUCCUAAAGGCAGUAUGAGUAAUCCUUAUAGAGCCAGACCAACCAGGUCUAAGGUAGAUCACAAUUUAGGGUAUGGAGUUCAUAAUCAAAAUGUAUGGAAUCCAGUAUCUAGAGUGUUCUCAGAAAUGCCAUCAAAUGAUUCUAUUCAAAAUCAACCACCCAUUGUGAAUCAGUCAAAACAACAAACUGAUCCUUGGAAUAAUUCAUGGAAUUGGGACUUUGACAAACAAACAACGGAUAAUCAGCAACAACAGUCUCAACAGCAAGAGCAGCAACAGCACUAUGUACCUUCGUAUACAACUCAAGGGCAACUUAUUUCCAAUUCUGUUCAAGAUCAUUAUUAUCAAAAUGUUAAUGGUAACAAGUCAGAUUUACUCAACCAGAACUUGAUGCUAGAUAGAAAUGCACCAACAACAAUUGCCAAUAGGCCGCCAACUUCAAACCAUUCGGACACCUUUAAACCUUACCCAAAUUAUACCCAAUAUCAGCAGUAUCCGCCACCACCCCCUCAGGCAAUGUCCACCAAAUCUGGUUCUCUGAAUUUUGAUCAAUCUCAAUGGACAAGUGAACAGUCUAAAAAUAUUCCUUAUGGACAACAAAUAUCAAAUGUUCAACAACAAAAAGAUCAAGCAGCGCGUCCUGCUCUAGUUGGUAGCAAUUAUAAUUGGAACAAGCCUGAUCAAACAAAUUUAAUGACUCCUCAUAAUUGGCAAAGUCAUGGUAGUUUGCCAGGACAUGUACAAGAUCCAAAAAUUGAGAAGGAGGUGCACACUUUUGAUGAUACAGGUAAUCAAAGUGUACCACUGUUACAACAAAGUAGAUCAAAUCAGCACCUUUUAUCUUCUACCGAAAAUAGAGAACAUUCCAUAAAUGAAGCAAAUAACUGGUCCAAUCAAGUGACCGCAUCUGCUUCUCGUAGAAACAGCCAAAAUCGCGAAAAUGUAUUAUCCAGUCAAAGUCAACAACCAGCACAGGCUUAUAAUAGCAGUAAUGAAUUUAUUUCUUGGUCACAAGCAGGAAGUGUAGAUGCUUUACAACAGUGGAAACACACAGAUGACGCAUAUUCAACUCAGUGGUCGCAGGAGCAACAAGAAAAUAAUAAUUUAUCAGAAGAAAUCGUUAAACAAGAUAAAACUGUUGUUCUUGCAACAAGUGACUGGCAACAGAAUCAUACAUUAUCUCAUCACACUUUACCUAAUGCGAUUCCAACAACAGAACCUAGUACAGAUGAUGAAAGAAAAAAAUCUAUUCCUUCGUUACAUCCGAAUUCUUUAAACUCUGCGGAUGCUAAUAUACAUGCAAAACCAAAUAUUGUUAAACCACAACUACCAGAUUCUCGGCUUAACGUGUCUGUUACUCCUGAAACUAUAUCAACAGUUGCUAGCUCUGAAAAUGUAUCCAUGCAGGAAAGCAAUGAUUUUAAUCUAGUUAGCGAACCAAUAGAACGGGGAAAAAAUAAUUCAGCAGAAGAAUUACCAGCAAAAUUAGAACAAUUAAAUCUUGGUACUAAACUGAACAAACAUUUAGAAAAUCAAAAUGAAACAAAAGAAGGAAAUCCUGUUAUGUCUGAGGAUGCAUGGAAUCAAAAUACAGCUUCCUAUAAGAGUACCACACCUGAUAAUAUACCCGGUUUACCUUUGGAUUAUUCUUUACUACCUUUACUACCUCCGGAAAAUCAAAAUGUUAUUAGUCAGGAACAUCCAGUGCUCAAUACAUAUCAAAUGUCAAAUAUUAAGCCAAUGGAUAAUGUAGCACAAAGUGGAUACGAUCAGUGGUACAGUCAAGCUGCGUUGCCGCAUUCUUCGGAAAAUACCUGGUAUUCGAAGGAUCAUGUUUGCCCGCCCAAAGAAUGGGUUACCGAACAAAAUGUAGAGAAUUAUGAAAAUAUUCAACAGCCUUCAGAAUUUGUUAAUUUAGAAGUAAUUACAAAAACGCCGUCGUUACAAAAACGCGAUAUGUAUGGCUCUAGAGAUUCCAUAAAUAAGGAAACUUUAGAUAACGAUCCGAAACCGGUUGUGAAUCCAAUCAAGGAAACAACUAACGCGCGUGAUUUUAGGCAAGAAGUGAAUAAUAUCGAGGUACCUUCUGCUCCGCAGUCAGCACGACCUCAUGCGCUUCUUCAACCGGAACAGGUACCAGAUAAUUAUGAGUUUGCGACAAACGAUAGGAAUACAUUUUUGGAAACUGGAGAAUUAACAGAUUCUCAUCAGGAACACGAACCUACACCGCCGAGUCAAGACGACGAAAACGAUGAAGUGCCUAAUGACAUUCCUUUCUUGCGAGAAGUACCAGGACAAUCGAGUUCCAUAGAUCCACGGAGAAACGAUCCGACCGGACAGGAACAGUAUAUUCAAUCCGGUCAAAGAUUAUCUGAUCCAAGAAGAAACGAUCCUUCCGGUCAGGAGCAGACUGUUCAGUUACGAAAUAUAUCUGACAGAUCAGAACGUCGCGACGUACCACCAGGACAGGAGAGAAACGUAUCUUUACUUUUACGUUCAGACUCUGAUACGAUGGAGCGUCGAAACGAUCCAUCUGGAAGAGAACGAUCUCUACCUCCGCAGCAGUCUCGCAACGAUCCUUCUGGGGAGGAAAGGCAUCAGCCUCAACCACAGAUCAUGCUCGAACCUAGCGAAACACGGGAAGUACCUGGAAGGGGUAACGAACCUGAAGAUCCAACUCAGCAAGCUAAUGAAAAUCUGAGACAGAUACCAGGAGGUGCAUCUCCGAAUGAAGUUAUUCAAAGUUCAGACGACAGACCGAAUGGCAGGAUAGUUACAGGUUCUCAAGAAAUCGCUUCUACAGGAUCUACGAUGCAAGACCAAACUAGCGAUUCAAGAAACAAACGCGAAGAAGCGGUUGGUGCUUCCGUACGCGAAAAUCAGGGAGUUGCCGCAUCAUCGAAUCGUAGAGAUUCCUACGAAGACGAGGAUGAUGAAGGAUCUGCGAAUAGUAGAGACGAUAGUAGAGAAAGACGUCGUGACAGUAGCUCGGAACGACGGCGAUACGAAUACGAACGAAAAAGCACAUAUUAUGAUCGUGAACGAGAGUACGACGAUGAUUAUUAUUAUGAUCGUCGUCGUGGAGGAGAAAGUGAUCGAACGUACGCUGUACGCGAUGAAUUCGACCGUCGAGAAAUUCCAUUUCGAGAAGACGAUCGCAAGCACCAUAGUCGCGAUGAUCUGGAUAGGCAUGCGAGGGAAGAGAUCGAGAGAAGAAGUAGAGGUAAAGAAGAGUUGGACGAAAGAGACGGCAGAAGGAGACCCGAGGAUCGCAGAAAAGAAAGAGACGAUCCGCGUCGCAGGGAUAGAGAAAUUAGAGACUAUGAUUCACGAUAUUCUAGAGAAUAUCUUGAUCGCGAUAGAAGAAGGGAUGAAAGACGAUCGAGACGAUACGACGAUUACGAUAUAAGAGAUCCGUACAGACGAGAAUAUUACGAUGAUCCUUAUAGCAGAGGAUCUAGGCCAUCCAGUAGAUCUUCUUACAACGACAGAGAUCGAGAAUAUUAUAUGCGAGCAAGAGAUCCUUACUACGGCUAUAAUGGAGGAUAUCCUGGAUAUGAUUAUGGUGCUCACUAUGCUAGUAAUUAUUAUGCGUAUAUAGAAAAUUUACGACGUACAAAUCCUGCUGCUUAUUCUGAAUGGUAUCAUAAAUAUUAUGCUAAUCAACACCAGCAGCAGCAGCAGCACAUAUCUCGAGGUGCAACUAAUUAUCCAGAAGAUAGAGCAAGUGUUCAUUCGGGACGCAGCUCUUGCGACGAAAGAACGACAGGUGAUAAACGAACUAUAGGGGAUAUGUCUAUGCUUGAAGAUUCGAUAACUACUUCGGCACGAAUGACGCCAUCCAAGUAUUCCGUUUCUCAUGUAUACGGGAGUUUUUCAAUUGGAUCUCUAAUACACGUAUAUCCAAAUUAUCCAACUGAUGGUGAAAGAGCCAAAAUUGACAUUAUUAGAUUGGAUAGCUUACUUUCACACGAUUCUGUAACACGAGACUUACGAGCUUAUCCUGGACCUCUAAUUAAGCAAGUGGGUGUAACUCAUAAGAAAACUAUUAUUGAGUAUUGUGAAAGCAAAAUUAAAAAAGCAGCAUCAAACGAAGAGAUGACUGAUUGUGCUUCGUAUAUACUUUUGUAUGAACUGAUGAUUAUGUUGAUACAACAAAAUGGAAAUGUUGUUGGCGUUGAUAUAGCAGCGUUGUUACUUAGAAACAAAGAUGCAUAUCCUUACGAUCUUAACAAACAAAAGGAUUCAGGAAGAAGGGAAUCGGUGAUAUCGCAAAGAUCAGGUACCACUGUCGGAGAUAGUGUUCAAAGUAAUCAAGAUGCUACAACCUCUGAGAAAGUCGAAAGUAAACCACGAAAAAGUGUUGAACAAAUAACAGACGAGUUUAGAAAUACGCUACUUUAUGGAUUGGUUCAAGAAGCUCUAGAAUAUGCAAUGAACGAAGGACUUUGGGGACAUGCACUUUUCUUGGCUAGUAAAUUAGAUAAACGUACUCAUGCAUCUGUGAUGACACGUUUUGCUAAUAGUUUACCGUAUCACGAUCCGCUGCAAACUUUGUAUCAACUUCAUUCCGGCCGUACCCCGGCUGCUGUUACCGCUAUAUCAGAUCCACGAUGGGAUGAUUGGAGGCCUCAUUUGGCUAUGAUCAUAUCGAAUACGUCUGCCAAUCCUGAAAUCAAUCGUCGUUCGAUUACGACCCUCGGGGACACGCUUUCUGUACGAGGAGAUAUUCACGCUGCACACUUUUGUUACAUACUUGCACAAGUUGACUUUGGUGCUUACGAAGCGAGUAAUGUGAAACUCGUGUUAAUUGGUGCAAAUCAUCAUAAACCGUACAAUACAUUUCUGUCGACAGAAGCAGUCAUGCUUACAGAAAUAUAUGAAUACGCUAGAAAUCUUAGCGAGCCAGGAUUCACGUUGGUGGAUCUUCAAACGUUUAAAUUUGAUUUAGCUGUAAAAAUGGUGGAUCAUGGAUUAAUAGAGAAAGCUUUGUUGUACAUAGAACAAAUUGCAAUAAAUAUUACCAAUGAACCGUCAAAGUAUAAGAAAUCGUUCAUCGAUGCAGUGUACAAUUUAGGAGACAGAAUUAGAUACCAUGAUCCAGUUUAUAAAGAAUCCGUAGAUGAAGCUACAACCUUAACAUGGUUUAAUAAUUUAGCUGAAAUUGUGGGCAAAUUUCAGUCUGGAGAAAUUAAUGAAAAUGAAGGUUACGUUCCACAAUCAAAAAUACCACAGUACAAUCCAAAUAUAGGAAUGCAGGAAACGAAACAAAAAUCGAACACGAUUCAAUCCGAAUACAGAGAAGGUCCAACAUCAAUGAUGGAAGUAGCUUCGAGUAAUGUGCAAUCAGACUGGCAGCCUUUAUCUUUGCCGUCCAACGUGCCAGAGGCAUACGAUCAAAGCAUACAGUACAUAACGAAUACCGAUGAAUCGUCUCAAUAUCAACAAUCUCAACAGCAGGAUUAUUGGAAUCAAGAUUCGUAUUAUCAGAAUAAUUAUGGAAGAAACGAUAGCACCGUUACCAAUUGGCAACAUCAAUCAACACAUACAUCGUAUCCUUCGGAACAAGGUGACAUCGAUAAUUCACAGCAACAGGAAAAAUGGAACUAUGAGACGGAAAGGGAAGAAAAAACACCCACUCCUGAACCGUCUCAACCAAUGAUUUCUAUGACACCGUCUACAAGAAAACAGUAUGAUCCAUUGGAAGAAUUGGAUGCACUCGAGACUCCGAAACAAACUUCGAAAUCGGGAGCCACGGCUAAAAAUGUUCCAGAAAAGUCAACACAGAAGAAAUCUUCUAAUACCGGAGGUUCUUGGUUCGGUGGUCUUUUUAGCAAGCUUGCCCCAAAACCAAGGAACCAGAUGAUUCUACCGGAUGACAAUAAUCCGACGAUUGUUUGGGAUCCUGUUGCUAAAAAAUGGACGAACAAAGACGAAGACGUAGAUAGCAGUUCUACAACAUUAGCUCCACCUCCAAAAGCAUCUGAUAUGGGAUUUAGAGCACCUGUGGCAGAACAUACCUCUGAGCCAUCACAACCGACUCAACUAUCUCAACCACCUUCACAAGCUGACGAAUCAACAGUGAACAAGUUUAAAUUACCGAAGGGAAGAAGUAUGCGCGCUAACUACAUAGACGUAAUGAAUCCUAACAGUAUGAAAAAUAAUGCACCGCCUUCGAGUAUACCAACUCCGGUAACAUCUCCACUUGUGCCUAUGGCAGCCUCGUCGCCUCAAUUAUUCAUUCCUGCUCCAGUCAAUGAUCCAAAUGCUCCUGUGGACUUUUUAACGCCUACCUCAACUCCAGUUGCACCUUCCACAAAUGUUUCUGAAAAUACAUCUCAAGGGCUCUCUCGAUGGAGCUCAACCAGCUCGUUAUCGCGAGAGGUGCAGAGCUACACUAUGAAGGAUCCGCGUCUCCUCCAACGGAACAAGGGACCAAUGAUGUACAACCCGAACGAGAUGAAGGAUCAUUCAGUGAAGAAUAUCCAACAGCAAAUUCGGUAUCCACCACGAUAAAAUUAAUAAGUUGUAUAUUCGUCGACAAAAUGUCCUGGUAAUCAGAAAUAUAAUGUUCUUCGGUAACACAGGCAAACAUACCUCAGAACAAGGUCAUCAAUAGACGCGCCAUACGUUUUAGCCGAGCACAUGUAAAUUUUCAAACUUGUGUCUAUUUUACAGAAAUCAAUUUAGUUUCAUUAGAAUAAAGGUAAAUUGAUUAUAUCGUUAGCAAACAAUUGCUUAUAAAUAAUAUUAUGGAUAAAUGAAAACCAUCACAGUUUUAACAAGUUUUAACAAAUUUUAACUUCAAUCGUAAUUAACGUAAAAUAUGUAUUUGUAUUUCUUAAUUUAUAUCCUGAGAAACAUGUGCUCCAAGCAUAGAAUUUUGUUAAUUGUACACAGGGUACUUGUUUGAUAAAAAUCAGCUUUAUCACGGAAUGUUUUUUUAGCGAAUUCGUUGAGAUAUGUUUGAGUGAAUUAUAGAUUAUUUUUAUUAUCGUGUAGCUCUUGUGAUUUAAUUGAUUUAUCCCGUAAAGUUUUCAACAAUGUAAAAAUUCCUAAACAGAGAUAUACAUACAUGGCUGGUGUUAUGCUAAGUAAGAUAAACUUUAAUGAAUCUAAUAAUCAUGGUAUUGCUAUCGGCGUGGUAUCGAAUCUCGCGAAGUUUAGAAUUCCAAUUGUAAAGUUAUGUUGCGUGCAUACGUUUGAGGGGGAAUAGAUUUGUAUUCGUGACAGGAUUCACGUUUAAUUUGCAUACGAACAAUUCAUUGUAAAACGCGUUCUUCAAGCGCGUAACGUUAACUGUAGUGAGAAUAAUGUUGGUCGUAUCGUCUACGCUAUACGAAAAUUUGUUACGCGACCUAAGAGCACAGUAUACUGUUGAGUCUGAUUUUAUACGAUCGCAAUGAACAAUUAUUGCAUAUGUAAAGCGAAACAAACCGGCGAUGAUGUAAGAAAUGUUAGAAAUGUGAAAAUUUUAUGGAUUCUAUUGUUAGGCGGCGUGUAAUACAGCUACUGUUAUUGAUUGUCGGGCUAUUAUAUCGUUAUAGCAGUGUUAUUUCCAAUAAGAAGCAUAACUGCCAUUUAUCUAUUCAAACUAGGAAAAUUGGCAAAGUGCUUCAACUCGUAUCUCUAUCUUGUAUACUUGGAUACAAUAAGAAGCUGUUUUUUCAGAUUUUAACCACUUAAAAUAAUCAUCUUGAGAGCUCUGAAUAGAAAAUGUUUAAAUUUCGAUUAUAAAUCAUCUGUCGUAAUUUGAUCGUAAUUGAUAGUUAUUCCACGCACUUAUUUUUAAAAUAAAUUGUAAGCAAUUACUCUCUUCUAGCUGCUUGUCAGAUUCGUCUGUACCGAUCGUUUAAAUGCAAGUUGUUAUCUCAAAUUUGCUUAUAAGUUUAUCAUUCAAGUGAAAAUCGUAAGUUCAGUUUAAAAAAAGGUGCAUAGUUCUUGAAUGUGAGAAUCAAAUCAGUAUAUGCCGCGAAAAGCGUAUGAUGAGAUCAGUCGACAAUUGAAAUACUUUGCCAGCGUAAUCAAUUAUUCAGAAAAUCUAAGUUCCUCACAAUGAUAUAUUCUAUAUUAUAUUUUUUACGAACAUUGUAGAGGAAGGUUCGUUCUGUUAGGCGCGUUAACUAAUCGAUUGUAGCGAAUGGAGAACAACAUUUGCGCGAUGUACAAAAUGUAAAGUAAUUCGUUUAGAUUGAUCUCUCAUUUCGACAAUGAUUGAAAACAGGAUAACGCGUUGCGAGAAUGAAAGUUGUGCAUCAAACGAAUAACGUGCGUAUGAGGGUGAAGAAGAUUUUUGUUAAUCCUUUAACGUCCGUAAUUUCUGUGAAUGUUUAAGAGAAAAUCGGAGGGCGUAAAAACGAUAUUCUUUUCCGUCAUUAAUCAUAAUAGAAGCGGAGCUAGGUUUUGUCGAUUCUUGUAAAAUAUAUUAGAUACAGUGUUCUUCAGAGGAACCUUUACGCUGAUUUUAUAAAUUCAUUUCUUCUUGUGUAUGUAUAUGUGCUAGCGUACAUUUGUACACGAUUGGAAAUUGGAUGUAUAUGUGCGUUUUGAGAGUAGAGCGAGAAAAGAGGAAAAUGUAUGGUAGAAGAUCUAAAGGUGCAAAGGGUUUCUCUCGUGGAUAUCACAAUUAUUAGAUUAUUCGGUUUUACACACGCGACACGGUAAUGUGCUUUCAAGCAUAUACAGGGUGGGCCACGCAACUGUUUUUUUUCAUAAAUGCGUUAAUAACGGAGUUGCCACCUGAAACAGUUGCGUGGCCUACCCUCUAUAUAUAUAUCACGCAUCAAUUGUAGCAUAUUAAUAAUGUCUUAACGCGUCUUUGUGUAUGUUACAUGUAUAUACAUAUAUAUAAAUACAUAAUGAAAUUUAUAAUUUGUA